AUGGUGUUCCCUCUCUCUAGUCCUCUUAUCCCUACUGGAGUGGUGCUUCUUCUGGCAACAACUGUUGCGAGAGUCUCGUGUAAAGUGCAACCACUGGUCAUCAAUCCAAGUGAAACUUGGGAUGGUCUUGAUGGCACUUGGUCCUCGUUUGACCUACGUGUAGGAAUUCCAGCGCAAGAGGUUCGCGUACUUCCAUCAUGGCAGUCUUUCCAAACCUUAGUCGUGGCUCCUGAAGGAUGUGCAAGAUACUCCAACUAUAAUGACUGUGUCACAUCCCGCGGACAAGUCUUCAAUUUGAGUCAAUCAUCCGACUGGAGCUAUGUAGGAAUCUUUGAGUUUGGAAUCGAGCAAACCAUCGACGACUUUGGUUUGAGUGGCAAUGCAUACUAUGGAUACGACCAAGUCGUCCUAAGUGACUCGAAUCAAACGACUGUCGGAGGCUCGAUAGUAGGUGCCUUCGCUGUAUCGGACUUCUGGCUUGGAAGCCUGGGAUUGAAUCCCAAACCCACCAACUGGUCGGAUACUUCCUCUGGACUCAGUCUUAUGACGAAGCUGAAGGGACAAGGCGCAAUUCCUAGUAUUUCUUUUGGCUACACUGCAGGUGCUCCUUACCGCUUCUCAGGUGUAGCUGGAUCUCUGACUUUAGGCGGAUAUGAUCAGAACCGCUUUGAGGUCAAUGAUGUCGAGUUCGACUUUGCCUCUAAUUACGCAGAAGACACUGUCGUCGCGAUACAGUCUAUCAACACUCAAGCACUCAACUCAUCGUCUAGCGUCUCGCUGUUACCAGCACCGAUAUACGCAUCAAUCGACUCCACCAUCAGCCAGAUCUGGCUUCCCCUUGAUGCAUGUCAGGCAUUUGAACGAGAGUUUGGUCUUACCUGGGAUUCUACAUACAACCUUUAUCUCGUCAACUCGUCACUUCACGCAUCGCUAUUGGCUCGCAAUGCAGCUGUCAACUUCACCAUCGGAACCACAGCUGCAGGCCUUCAGAAGACGACAAUUUCACUGCCAUACGCUGCAUUCGAUAUGACGGCGCAAUCGCCCUACCAAGGAUUGGCUGAUCGAUCGAGCUACUUCCCGCUGCGACGAGCGGCAAACAGUAGCCAGUACACGCUUGGCCGCACCUUUAUGCAAGAGGCAUAUAUCACCGUGGACUAUGAACGCGCAAAGUUCAACGUCUCGCAGUGUGUGUGGCCACAGAAUACUGGUAAUGCUACUGAGAUCAUCACGAUCACGCCUGCACCAUCGUCUGAGAACAGUGGAUACUCUGGAGCU